AUGAUAUUGAUAUUAGCAUUUAUUGUUAAUCUAUUAUGGUUAAUACAGUAUAUAAAUGCUCAAACAGCUCAAAAUUGGGUUUAUUCAUCUUAAUAUGAUUAUAUAAUUCCAAUAACUGAGACUUAAGGUUUGUAUAAUAGUAUUAAGGUAGCUUAUAAAGCUAAUCUUAUAUUUCUAGCAGCUGGUACUUCAGGUGUUAAAGUUAUAGAUCCUAAAUAGAAUUACUAGGUUACAUCUGUGUUUAAAAGCGAUGAGUAUGUUGAAGGCUUUUCCAUGACUUAAGAUGCAAAUUACGUUUUUAUUCCCUACAAUAAAAAGCUAACAAUUUUUGAUUUCUCAAGUAGAACUUAAUUCAAGCAAAUAGCUUAAGAUUCAGCUUAAAUUUAAAAUGUAGACAUGAUUUUAAAUAAUGCAGAAUCAAUUGUGUUUAUAUUUUAGGCAAAUGGGCAAAUACGUGCAGUCAAUAUCUCUAACAAAUAAAAUCCUACCUUUGCAGGAAGCACUAGCUGGCACAAUUCUGAAAUCUAUAAUGGUUUUAUAUCUUAAGAUGAUAAAUGGCUGUUUGUUUGCUAGGGAUUCUAAGGAUUAGGUGUUUAUCAAAUCACCUAUAAUGUUGAUGGUACUGUUUCAUUCUUUCUAGCAGGAGCCUUUCUUGGAUCUUUAUCUGGCUCAUAUGCUGUAGAUCUUACAAGUGACUUGAAAUACAUCAUCAAUAUAGACAACAAAAGAGGAGUCAGUAUUGCUGAUUUUACUUAAAUAACUAAUGCUGGAGGAGUUUAUAAAUCAGCAACUUAUCUAGUAACCAUUUGGUGGCCUACAGCUAUUACUCUUCCAUCUCCUUACUCUCUCUGUAUAUCAAAAGAUAACAAUUUCUUGUUUUUAGGAGUACUUUCUUAAGGUAUUUAUAUAGUAGACAUAACAGACAAAGCUAAUCCUAACCUUUAUGAGGUAAUUUAAGUUUUUUAUCAAGGAAAAUCUAUUAAGCUUUCUUCUGACGAAAGCUUUUUAUAUUACGCAAAUGGUUAAAGCUUAUAAAUAUUUCCUAAAACUUCACCAAGUCUGAAUAAUCAAUAUUUAAAUAUGUUUAAUACGCAUUUAGCUACAACCUAUGAUUGGUCGACUACCUACUUCUAUUGGAGAUGCGUAAUAGAUGAUUCUACUAAAUUAUAUUAUGGUUCGUUUGAUGAUGAUGGACUAUGGAUCAUAGAUGCCUCAGUUCCAUAAAAUAUGCAAGUAAAAGUUUAGCAAUUUAAACCUCCAACUUCAGCAGCGAAUAUUGAUAUUGUUGUAUUCUUAAAGGGGUUUCAAUAUGUUAUCAUUCCAACUAUUGAUGGAACAAAUGUCUUUGCUGUUUAUGCAACAAAUGAUAUAAUAACUAAAUAAGCACUAGCAACUCCCGUUUAAUUGGUGCCUUAUUAAACUGACAACUACAUCGUUGACUCAGAUUAUGAUGAGACUAUAAACUUGCUAAUAGGUGCUUUAGGAAAUUCUAUCAUUUUUCUUGAUAUUACUACCGUUGGUUCUUACUUUGUGAAGACUGUUUGGCAAUUCACACCAGAUAUGAAAGGAAGCUGCACAGGAGUUAUGUUUACCAAUGCAUUUAAGUAUAUCAUUGGAGCAAGUAGAGGUUUUGGAUACUUCGUAUUGGACAUUACAAAUUUAUAGAAUAUACAAAUGGUAUAAUAUAUAAACUCUUUGGGAGCAGAAAAUCUAUUUUAAUCAACUAUUUCCAAUAAUUAUGGUUUCUUUGUUGAUGGCUUGUAAGGUAUCUUUAUUGUAAACUUUGCAAACCUACCUCAGAUUAGCUACUUUUCAUAGAUUUAAAUACUUGGAUGGAGUAAUGAUAUAACCUUUGUUAAUAAUGAAAAGCUAUUGCUUGUUUCGACUCUUGAACAGGGAAUGGUAACGAUGGUCGACAUUUCAGACAUACACAACCCAUUUAUAGUUUCAGAUUACUAUUAUGAAAACUAAAAUGGAAUGUCUACAUGUGCAUUUGAAGAUAACUCUUACAUAUUUAUAAAUAAUAAUAUUGGUGUAAUUUCUUUACCAACUAUAGGCCAAGUUGAAAUGCAUGUAGAAAUCGCAUAAAUCCUUGGAUAUUCAUCUAUAGCAUAAGAUUUUAUCUUCUAAAAAAUGAAGAUUUCUGAUAUCUUCACUGUUGGAAUGAAUAUCUAAGUUGAUAUAGUAUUUCUCUAUUAACCUUUAGAUUUAAUUAUUGAUAGCAUUUGGCUAUACUAGUCAGAAAUCAUGUAUCCUAUCCCUACAUGGAUGACAUAUGAUCCAGAAGCUGUUUCUAUAAAUAUCUAAGUAGUCAAAGAUGCAAUUGAUCCUAAAAACAUGACCCUACCGCUGCUCAAUACAAUCCUUUUGAAGACUUUAAAUCCUCUUUAUCAAAUAGACUUUAACUAUAAUAAUGCUGCUUGCUUAACUACGAGCACAUAAAAUUAAGCAAUUUACAAUUACCUUUUAGCAAAUGGGUAUAUAAGCGAUUAAAAUAUUGUAAAUCCUAACUUGAGCUUUACUGCUUAGUAAUAGUUGACAGUAUUUCCUAGUUUAACUAAUAGUUUCAACAAAUGCAUUAGCGAUAUGAUAAAGCAAACUCUAUUAAACUCUAUUUAAUUUGCUCCAAUUUAUUUAUUUUUUUAAACCUCACUAAUAUACAUCUAAAAUCCUCCAGACUAGCUUACUUAUAUCAAAACAGUUGCAACAGAAGUUUCAGUCAAUGUUAUUGUCCCUAAAUUUAGUGGUUAAUUUAUUUACGAGAAUUAAAUUGGAGUCAACAUAUCUAUAAACAGUGAUAAAAAUGAUAUUUUAAUUUCUGGUUUAAUAGAUAAUGUUAACUUUUAUCUUUCUAAUAUUUUAGUGCUUUAUGCUAUGAAUGGCAAUUAAUAUUCAAAGAUCUAAGCUAGCUUAGUAAUUUCUGAUGGAAUUAACUAUGAUUUGUCUUAUGAUGUCUUACUCUCACAGAUCUCGUUUAUGAAAGAAAAAAGCCCUGUCUAAAAAAAUACUCAAUUGCUUAUUUAGAGCUAAUUCAAUAGUGCUUAUGCAAGUGGUGAUUUAUAAAUUCUUACUGAUUUCACUUUUAUUUUUGACUAAAGUACAUUUAUUUCUCCUGAUGUAGGUUAAGUGACAUACACAGCAUAUAUUCAAUAGUAAGGUUAAUUUGUUCUUCUUGAUACUUCUCACUGGAUUUAAUAUUAUGCAGAAGGAUAUAAAUUCUAUGGAACUCCUCCAGAGUCAGCCUACGAAUAAUCUAUAACUAUACAGCUAUUGGGCACUGAUGGCUAUUCAACAUGUUCAGACACAUUCGUUAUAACAGUUAAUUAGUUACCUGCUUUGUUUGUAAUAUAAUGGAUAGCAUAAGUACUUGGACCUAUUAUAGGUGCAUUAGGAAUGUAUAAAUAUAGAAAUAUUUUUUACAAUGCAUUCUUUAAGCAUAAAAAUAGAUAUUCUAAAGUAAAUGUACAAGUUAAUGAAAAAUUUAUCUUAAAAAUUCCUUUGAUUUCUUAAGAUUUAAAACAAGCUAAAGACAUGAUUGAAAAUCUCAUCGAAAAUGUUCAAAAAGAAAAAAAUGGUAAGACUGAAAAAGUGGACUUACAAAAACUUGCUAAGAUGACAACAUUAAAAAUAGAUGAUAUUGAAAAUAAUGAGGCAAUAAAAAGAGAAGAAGAAGAUUAACAAAGAGAAGCUUUUAAAAUGUAAGAAUUAGAACAAAAUUUGUAAUUUUAUUAAAUACCUAACUCGCAACAGAAUGACUAAGAUUUAAUAAACAGCAAUAAUGUUUAAACAUAGAAAGUAACACCAAUUAAGCAUCAUAACUUCAAUACAGAUAAAAAUGAUAUCACAAACUAGUUCAAAGAUAAAUUAGCACUUACAAAGAACAAUCCCAGAAACUCAACUUUAGAAAAGGAAUAUUUAGAUUAAGAUGGUAAAAUCAAGAUGUAAUCCAUCACUAAUGAUAUGCUUAAAUAUAAUGUAAAAUUUGAAAUUGUAGGUAAAUAACUUGAAGCAAAAGCUUACAAGCAAGAACUUACAAAUCCUGACUCAAGUUUAUACAAAUGUAUUAAGUAUUUAUUCUCUCGUUACUUUAUUUAGUUGGACAAAAAAACUCAUUUAGUUUCAGAAUAUAUCAGAUAUUUUGGAAAGAAAAACUGCUUCUUGCACACAUAAAAUGACUGGUAUAAACAGUUCACUAAGAUUAUAUCAGAAGAUAAAUUAGAUAUUUAUGGAUAAACUAUUGCUUGUCCAAAAAUAUAGCUCAUAUAUAAUAACAUAAUUUCAGCUUUAAUAAGUCUUGAUCUCUUUACUUCUAAAUUAGAAAAUUUCAAUACACUAUCUUAGAAAGGAGUUAAUCCUUAUCUUGUGAAAUAAGUGCUCAAAGCUGAUGCUUUAGGUAUUGAUUUUAAUCCACCUUCUUCUCUCUUUCCAUCUUAAGGAGAGUGUAUUCAUAUAAAACCUAGCGAUUUAAGAUCAGUAGAAUCAUUUAAAUAUGCUCCUGGAGGAUAUUGUUUUUCUCUUAAGAAAUAUAUGAAUAUGGAAUAUGACCCAUAUGGUCCAAAAGAAAAUAUGCAAUUCCCUAAUUGGUUAGAGUUAAUAAUGCAGAGUGGUGUUAUUAUAUUAACUGGAACUCCAUAAUAAUAAGAUAUUGAAGAAAUCUUAAUAAGAUUUUAUGGUUUACAAGGAUAUAUUUAUCGUUCUUUUACAUUAAGAGUAUAAGAUAUAGAAGGAACCUACUAAAAGAGCAGAGUUGAAUCUUUAUAAAAAUAAAAAAAGUAAGCUGAUUCUAUUUAAGGCGAGGAGUAAUCUAAAUUGUUAAACAUUGAUAAUUAAUAGUUUGAUUAAAACUAAUUUAACGAAGACUUUAACAUGAAGCCAAUUUAAACAAAAAAUUUUGACUCUGAAGAUAAAAUCAAUUAGAAAAAUAUCAGGUUAUCUAACUUUGCAAGAAGUCCUUUAAUAGAAAAUUAAGCAACUCAAAUUUUUGGAACACCUUAGAUGAUGGACAGUAAUUAAAAAAUAAUUGAUUUAUAAAAUAAUAUAGAAUCAAUCAAUUUAAAUAAUUGA